CCGCCUUCUUCUUCUCCAAACUAGCGAUGAGGCGGCUGAGUCGAAGGCUGGUGUUGUCUGUCCUGGGAAUUCUGUGGAUCGCCGCUCUCCUUCUCUUUCUCGGGGUCAGGAGGAAGUUGGAAGCGGCGGGACCCGAAGGGCGGCAGACGCCAAAGGGUUCCGACAUUGACUGGGAUGAUCUCUGGGAUCAAUUUGAAGAAAGAAAAUAUCUGAGUGUCCGGAGAUGGAAAGGUGGAGAGGAUCCAUAUAGAUUGUAUGCCUUUAACCAACGGGAGAGUGAACGGAUGCCCAGUGACCGUGCCAUCCAUGAUACUAGGCACAACAGAUGCACUACUUUACACUAUCGUACAGAUCUGCCACCAACCAGCAUCAUUAUCACCUUCCAUAAUGAAGCUCGGUCUACGUUGCUAAGGACGAUAAGAAGUGUCCUGAACCGAACCCCAGUGCAUCUGGUCCAUGAAAUCCUAUUAGUAGAUGACUUCAGCGAUGAUCCGGAUGAUUGCCGUUUGCUGAUCAAGCUCCCCAAAGUGAAAUGCUUACGCAACAGUAAAAGAGAAGGUUUGAUCCGUUCCCGCAUUCGAGGAGCAGAUGUGGCCCAGGCAGGGGUUCUUACCUUUCUAGACAGUCACUGUGAGGUGAACAAGGACUGGCUGCUCCCUCUUUUGCAGAGGAUCAAAGAGGAUCCAACCCAUGUGGUGAGUCCAGUUAUUGAUAUCAUCAAUUUGGACACCUUUGCUUAUGUGGCAGCUUCUUCAGAUCUAAGAGGAGGGUUUGACUGGAGUCUCCACUUUAAAUGGGAACAACUUUCUCCAAAGCAAAAAGCCAAGCGAACAGACCCCACAGAGCCUAUCAAGACUCCUAUCAUUGCUGGGGGGCUCUUUGUAAUUGACAAGGCCUGGUUCAACCAUCUGGGAAAAUAUGAUGCUGCAAUGGACAUCUGGGGUGGGGAGAACUUUGAAAUCUCCUUCCGAGUGUGGAUGUGCGGUGGAAGUCUAGAAAUCAUUCCCUGCAGUCGGGUUGGCCAUGUCUUCCGGAAGAAGCACCCUUACGUCUUCCCAGAGGGAAAUGCCAACACCUAUAUAAAAAACACCAAGCGCACGGCAGAAGUGUGGAUGGAUGAGUAUAAGCAAUACUAUUACGCAGCCCGGCCCGCAGCUCAAGGGAGACCAUAUGGAGACAUUCAGAGCAGAGUGGAACUGAGAAAGACCUUGAAAUGUCACACAUUCAAGUGGUAUUUGGAAAAUGUCUAUCCAGAGCUUAGAAUUCCUGAAGAAUCACUGUACCAGACAGGAAUGAUACGGCAGAGACAGAGAUGUCUGGAGUCCCAGAAAAGUGAACAACAGGAGUUCCCAAUGGUGAUCUUAAACCCCUGCAUCACCAGCAAAAGUGCAGCAGCAGCAGCACAGGAAUGGACAUAUACAUAUAACCAGCAAAUCCGCUUUCAGCAGUUAUGCCUGUCCAUACAUACCCUCUUUCCAGGUUCCCAGGUGAUGCUUUUGCCUUGCAAAGAAGGGGAUGGCAAGCAGCGCUGGAAUAAAGUUGGUUCUCACAUUGAGCAUAUGGCUACCCGCUACUGCCUGGACACAGAAAUGGUGGGGGAUACCAGUGAGAGCAUGAGAGAAGUGGUCAUUAACCCCUGUGACAGCACGGCAAUGAGUCAGCGGUGGGAAAUGGUGAUGUCCUGACCACAUCUAUCAACUCACCAUCAAGCUCAUCUGGAAGGACCUUUGUCAGGAACUGGCAAGGCUGUUGUCCAAGCUUGGGGGUUGGUAUGGGCUUGCUUUCCUGUGGAGCAUGUCAAAGAAUAAGAACAUGCAGUUGUACUGAGCUUGAAAAAAGGCUCACAAGUGCUGGCUUUGAGACCCAGAGUGGUAAUUAUUCCAGGCUGGGGGUCAUAUGUGUGUACUGUUAAGAACACCUCAGUUUAAUCUGGAAAUAUCUUUUGGUAACAUCCAUCUGUUAGCUGAAGCAAAAUAUGACCUUGUUUUUGAGAAGGAAACUUGCUUAAAUUGAUAAGUGCCGAAUUUAAUUGUCUUUGUCACCAAGGUUGUUGAAAAUAGUUGGAAAAUAAUAAGUGAGCAAAGCAAUUCUAAUGGAAGGAAGGUGGAAAAAAGAAGCUAAAUCUUGUAAGAGCUCAUGAAUGGUCAUGGUGGGAAUGAUUAGAAAAGGCCAACCAAUCUUGCACUUUGAAUUAGUGUAAUUGAGCACAUCUCUGAAAUAAGUUUGAAAUAAGCUAUAUUGCACAUGAGAAUUUGAAUGUGAACCAUAUACUUUUUGUGCAAUAGAGACUUUAUGUAGUGUAAUAAAAUUAAUGUGUGUGAGAGAGGGGGAGGGAAAUGGAAGAGGAGAGUGAAAUCUUGGACUUUUCUUUGAAUCUGAUUAUGUGUGUAUGAAGGAAAAAAGGGAAAUAUUUAUUCUAUCUAUUGUGCAAGAUUUCUUCCAGAAAUGGAAAUACAGGGAGCCUGGCUCAGAAAUCAUGAAUGUCUCCUGGAGAGAAGGCAGGGGACAAGACUCCCCAUUUUAACUCAGCAUAGGGCAUAGAUUCAGCAUAUAACUGGCCCUGCAUCCUCACACUUCCCCAGAACCGACAUGCAGAAGGUCCAGGAGGACACAAAGUGGAAGGUAGAUGGACAGUAACAUGUCACUUUCUUCAGUUUUCUCAGAUGUCCCCGGGGUGGGGGGGACAUAGUGAUCUCCUCUGACAACCUCUGAGCUUUGACAAGAGAUCCAAGUUGUCAAUUUAUAGUAUUGGCUGUAUCUUGUUGUUUUCUUGUUGAAUUCCCCCUCUUCAACUACCCCAUUCAGAUCGAACCCUUGAACUAACUAUAGCUCAAUUACAGAAACUUGAAGAAGGCAGUAUCACGUUGCUUGCAGGUACACAUCUUUUUUUUUUCUGCUGAAAACCUUGUUGUCUCUGGGUUGAGUGGGGGGAGGUUGUUAAAUAAGAGCAGCAAGAAUUUCAGCAAAGAUCACUGGAUGGUGUUUAGAUCAGAAGAUUGUUUUAGGGUAGGGGGAAAAGUGAAUUGUACCAAUGCAGAAGUCACUGAUGGCAUUGAAGUCAGGAGUGGUCCAGAUAUGAAUAUGGAUUUGCAGUAAGGACAUGCAUCAAAUUUAGCUGAACCCCAAAUUAAACCAAAACCUGGGCCUUAAUGAAACAGCAGAAUCCUCACAGUAGCUGAAAGCAAACUAGGAGUCUUCUUGAAUAAUUUCAUGCUUUGUGGCAUUUCAGAAAAUUAGUACCAUGCUUGCAAAAAGAAAAGAAAACUGCAUUUCUCUGUAAAAAAGCAGGAUGGGAAAAUGGGAAAGAAAGGAUGGGGAAAGUGUUGGGUUAGUUGUGACUAUCUGGUCUGCCACGUAAUUUAAAGACUUACAAGAAAUUGGUAUAUACUUAAAAGAACAGUGAAUGCUCCCUGCAAUGUAUUGGUUCAUUUUUUAAGGACCAUAGGAAAUCAUCUCCACAUCCUUAGGUCUAUAGGUGAACAUUAACUGUUUUAUGUUUUUAGGAACCAUUCCAAAAUACUUACUUGAACUACUGCUCUCCUCAGCAAAUACCAUUUAAUUCUGCAAAUAACAAUAAUAAUCCCUCCAUCUAUAUGCUUAUUGUACAUAUUUCUAGGCAAAGGUUGCCUCAAAGAUGUCAGCCUGGUACCCUCUAGAUAUGUUGAAGCUAAUACUGUCUGGCAUUUAGGGGCACUGAAACACUGGGCAAAGGAAGCCUGCAAAAGGCAGUGCUAGUGCUGUCAUGGCCCCUUCUAAUCUGAACAAAAACAUCCUGCCUGUGUGUAUGGUGAGUGAUUCAUACCUCUGUUUGAGAGGGUGGAUUAACACUGUUCGUUAUUCCAUCUCUGGGGUCUCAGAUGAGCCUAAAACCACCUGCUGUUCAUAAUUGUAAUGUGUCUUUCAUGAUUUAAGAACCUUGGAAUAGGGAAAAUUUUCAAAUCAUAAAAGUAAUAUUUUGCUAUUUGAA